CAAAGCAUUCGGUUGAUCUUAAAAAAUAUCUCUGGAGCAAAAACGAGAGGUGACCCACAUUGAGAAGCUGCUAAGAUGUCGACUGUGCAAACCGUUCUGGGUACCAUUACCCCCAACCUUCUGGGUCGUACUCUGACCCAUGAGCAUGUGGCUCUGGAUUUCGAGCACUUUUAUCGUCCACCUCCUCCGGACUUUGAGAGCGAACUCAAGGCCAAGAUUAGCAUGUCCACCCUGGGCUAUGUCCGUCUGUAUCCAUAUUCCAGCAAGGAGAACGUGAGGUUCUAUGAUGGAGAUGCUCUGGAGGCGGCCAAGAAGGAUGUGCUGCUCUACAAGAAACAUGGUGGUGGUAGCAUUGUCGAGAAUAGCAGUUAUGGCUUGAAACGCAAUCUGGAGUUCAUUGUGGAGCUGGCCAAGAGCACAGGUGUGCAUUUUAUAGCCGGUACAGGUCACUAUAUCCAUGCCAUGCAGGAUGCCAGUCAUGCCAGCUUGAGUGUAGAGCAAUUGAGUGAUUUGUACUCCAAGGAUAUUAUUACGGGUCAGGAGGUUAAUGGCAAGAUGGUCAAGUGUGGGUUUAUAGGCGAAGUGGCCAGUGUUUAUCCCAUUCAUGAUUUCGAAAAACAUUGCAUCAAGGCAGCUGGUGAGAUCCAGGAGGUUCUGGGCUGUGGUGUUUCCAUGCAUCCGCAUCGCGUGACCCAGGCACCCUUUGAGAUCAUGCGUCUGUACUUGGAGGCAGGUGGCAAGGCUGACAAGUGUGUCAUGUCUCAUUUGGAUCGCACCAUCUUCGAUUUGGAUGAGUUGCUGGAGUUUGCCAAGCUGGGCUGCUAUAUCCAAUAUGAUCUCUUUGGCACCGAGUGCUCCUUCUAUCAGUUGAACACCAAUGUGGACAUGAUCUCCGAUGGCCAACGUAUCGAUAAUCUGAUUAAGCUCAUGAAUGAGGGCCUGGUGGACAAGCUGCUCAUGUCCCACGACAUCCAUACAAAACAUCGAUUGACUUCCUAUGGCGGUCAUGGCUAUCACCAUAUUCACACCAAUAUUUUGCCACGAAUGUUUGCCCGUGGCGUAACUCUGGAGCAAGUGGAGCAAAUGACGGUCACCAAUCCGGCCAACUGGCUGGCCUUUAACCCCUAGUUGUUGUUUUGGUAGCAUCUCGUUCCAUUUUAAUUACGGCGCGGAUUAGAUAAGGCUUUGUUAUUUUGGCAAUAAUAAAAUGGGCGUGCCUACGAAUUCAAAGUCUUA